AUGAGCGCGACAAACCUGCAGGCUCUCCUGCGCUUGUUAUCGCAAAAUGCAAAAGUGCCUCUCGCAACGGCGAUGAGCAAAGUAAAGGAGCUCCAGGCCGCCGACCUCGACUCGGCCGAGAAGAUCUCCAAGGUCAAAGUCGAUGCGCUGAACCCCAUCUUCAACGACGACAAAAUCUGCAAGCAGGUGCUGGCGGCGGCGAAGCGGUCCGCGAAGAAACGCGCGGCGGGCGACGAUGCUGGUGCCGCGCCGUCGCCCAAGAAGAAAGCGAAGAAGGGAGAUUUACUGUUCGCAGCCGAUGCCGAUGCCGCUGCAGCUGCUUCUCCAGAAGAGCUUGAAGCUGCGCUGGAAUUGCCAUCAAGCGAUGCCGAUGAAGCAGAGUUAGAGCAGACCGUGCUGUUUACUAAUCGUGCUCCGCUGGCAUUGGCGUUCGUGUUCACCUUACUGAAAUAUUCCAUGCCGACGCAGCCACUGUCGAGUAGACUGAGUCUCGCACAGGGAUAUAUCAGCAUCACAAGUCGAGCGAGAGCAGUCUACCUGGGCAUUGAGAGUGGCAAAAGUGCCGAAGAAGAAGGGUUUGGAGAAGGAACUCCUUCCGUCUUCAUUACGGGCAAGGAGAUCAAAGUGUUGAGACGAUGGGGAUAUGUGUGGAAACGGGCUGGAGAUCAGCUGCCGGUGGACGGUUCUUCGGCAGCAGAAAAGAAUAGCGAAGUGCCCGACGAGGGGGAUGAGCCACAGGUAGGAGAGGACGAGCAACCGGCACUGUGGGCUCUGGAUCUCGAAGCUCUGAAAAAAUCCAACAACCACGCGCCCAUCGUGUCUUCCGCCUCCCACCGUAGCACCGCCAACGCCGCCCUACCAAUCUACACCCCCCAGUCGGCGCGAUCGUAUCUUCUCCGAGCAUUCGACACUGCUCCCCCCUCCACCGACACCCAGAAGAAGCGAUCAGCAGCAGCCAGAAACGCAGAGAAGGAAAGCAAUCUCGGCAGACUUCUGCGUGCUCUGGACCUGCUGUACCAGUCCUGGGCAACGAUAUUGCCACCUGAAGACCUCGACAAGCGCACAUGGGGCUGGUAUGUCAAAGUCCGCCCGGACGUUGCGGACGGCGUGGCGGGGUGGGGCGGGAAGAACAGUCUGCGGCUCGCCGACAUUCUCGCAUUGAGGAGACAGGGCUGA